CAUGUGGACUGCAGUACCAGGUGGAGAUGGUACUAUAUAUAGCUGCUGUCAGAGGAGAAAUCCAUAGGCAAUUAUUACACACUGAUUUGACUUCCUGAAAAGGGUAAAAGGCAAGUUUACAGAAUAGAAGUACAGAUCGGCGAAUUAGCUUAAGCAUUAGGCAUUUAACCAGUGAAUUUAUGGAAAGUUUCUUGGAAGAGUCAUAGCUAUUAAAUCAGUUCCAUUAUGAAUGAAAGAACAGACUUGCCUGAUUGGACCGAAUUAGAUUUUUAAGGAAGUGAUGAUGUUUUGGAAAAAAAAGCAUUUCUCUUCUCAAAGGAUUUAGAGCAAACGUUUUAGGAUGUGGCAUUUUUGCUAUAUGGACGUAACCCUGUUAGGAAAAUUGCUGUGCUCAUGGGCGGACCGAUCUCCUCUCCAUGAAGCUGCAAGCCAGGGACGCCUUCUGGCCUUGAAGACCCUGCUCUCACAGGGUUACAAUGCAAAUCUGGUCACCAUCGAUCAUGUGACUCCACUGCACGAGGCGUGUCUGGGUGAUCAUGUGGCAUGUGCCAGAGCUCUCAUAGAGGCCGGAGCUAACGUGAACGCUACCACCAUCGAUGGAGUGACCCCUCUGUUUAACGCCUGUACUGCGGGCAGUGCCACGUGUACAGAGGUUCUGCUGGAGCAUGGCGCUAACCCACAGCCUGAGCCGUGCCAACCCUCGCCGAUCCACGAGGCAAGCAGCAAAGGAAGGACGGCGUGUGUGGAGACUCUGAUAUCGUGGGGGGCAGAUGUGGAUUACGAUAUUCCUCACUUAGGAACACCACUUUACAUUGCCUGCGCCUCCCGAGAGCUACAGUGCACACGGAAACUCCUAGAUGGAGGUGCUAACGUACAGAAGGGGCGGUUCCUGGACACACCGCUUCACGCCGCCGCGCAGAAAGACUGCCCUGAGAUCGUCAAAGUGCUGCUGGAGUUCGGCGCCAACAUCAACGCUCGAAACCUGGAGCUGCAGAGAGCGGUGGAGACAGCGCCCCCUAGCAGCCUGGCAGAAUGCUUGUUACUGCAUUACGAAGUUACUCCACGCUCUCUGAGUGAGCUGUGCAGGUUGUGUAUCAGAGAAUAUCUUGGACGCACGAGGCUUCAUCUCAUCCCUCAGCUGAAACUGCCACCUCUGCUCCACAGAUUCCUGCAGCACAGAUAGACACCUGUCUCUCUCUCUCUCUCUCUCCAUUUUGUCAGGUUCUGUCUUUCUCUUUCUGUCUAGCUAUAUUAAUCUGUCUCUCUCUCUGUAUGUGUCUGUCUCUAAAUGUCCCUCUCUCCACCUGUCUCUGCCUCUUCCUCUCUGUCUUUCUCUCUUUCUGAGCCCCUGUGCCUUUCUACACCUGUCUCUCUCCACUUGUCUUUGUCUCCACCUGUCUUUUACUCGACCUCUCUUCUGUCUGUCUCCACCUGUGCGUUUCUCCAGUGAUCUCUCUCUUUACCUGUCUCUUUCCCUUCCUUUCUCUCUUCACCUUUCUUUUUCUCUGUCUCUACCUGAUGCUCAAUCCACCUGUCUCACCACCCUGUUCCUGUCUAUGUGUAUCUGUCUUUCUCUGCUGGCCUCUGUCUCCACCUUUCUUUUUCUCUACCUCUGUUGUCUGUCCGUUUCUCUGUCAGUCUCUCGCUACACCUGUCUCUUUCCUCACAUUUCGCUCUUUGUCUCUAUACCCUAACGCUAGCAGGACACUCCAUCCACUCGUCUCACCAGCCUGUUCCUCUCUGUCCAUGUGUCUGUCUCUCCUUCCUGAGACUGGGACACCUAUCUCUCUACCAGUCUCUCUGUUUCUCACCAUGUGUCUCUCUCUGUUUCUUACCACCUGUCUCUCUCUCUACCUGUCUCUGUUUCUCACCAUGUGUCUCUCUCUGUUUCUUACCACCUGUCUCUCUCUCUACCUUUCUCUGUUUCUCACUGCCUGUCUCACCAGCCUGUUCCUGUUUCUGUCUGUCUCUCAUUUAACCUGCAUCCUUUUCCACCUCUCUUUCUCUCUCUCUCUCUCUCUCUCUCUCUCUCUCGUUUUAUUUGAUAUCUCAUCUCACCUCUAUUUGUGUAUCAGAUUGUCAUUUAUUUUGUCUCUCAAGUGCAUUUAUUAUCUUCUUUAUAACACAAAAGGAUGAAGUGCUUGCUCUCGAUUUAAAUAUGAUGUCUGUAAAAACAACUAACUUUCUUUAUUCUUUUAAAAUCCACAAUGCUUCUCAUCACUCUGUGUUCAUUAGGACGUUUUCUCACACCACAUUCACACAAAAUUUGUCAUUUAAGUGACACAGAUUUGUCUUCCUAGCAUUUUCUUUUCUAUUCUAGCUUUUACACUUUAGUUCUCCCUUCAAAAUCAUUUGCUACGUGGUGACAUCAGGGACUCGUUUUCCUCCUGAUUCCACGUUUCUUUGAAAUCUGUGACCUAAAGCCGUACCUGAGAAGUCAGAAUGAAAAAUAACCCACAGCGUUAUCUGUCCUUCUGUUCUGGCCGUUAAUUAAAUGUGAAUGUCAGCGGUGGAAACGCCGAACUCUCAGUCUCACAUCUCACACUGUUUGAUCUGGUGGUGUGUGUUCAACGUGCAAAGUGUGUAUCAUAAUCACAGCUGUACUGUGUUUUACUGAAAUGUCAGCAUGUCAACAAAUAUACCGGAAUAAAAGAAAUAAAAC